AUGGUCGGUCACGGCAUGACGGGGAUGCUCGGUGAAGAUGGUAUUCAUGUCGAUAUGAACCACCUGAAGAAGGGUGAAGUUAAUAUGGCAAUCAACUUCAAGGACGGUGUUAUAUUGGGUGCCGACAGCCGAACGACCACUGGAGCUUACAUCGCCAACCGGGUUACCGACAAAUUGACACAGGUGCAUGACACGAUUUGGUGCUGCCGCUCGGGGUCGGCCGCUGACACACAGGCUGUGGCUGAUAUUGUAUCCUACCAUCUCAACAUGUACUCGAUCACAAACAACGAGGCGCCCAGCACUCAGGUUGCCGCCGCACUGUUCCAGGAGCUGUGCUAUGAGAACAAGGACAUGCUAAGUGCUGGCAUCAUUAUUGCUGGAUAUGAUCCUCGGCACGGAGGACAAGUUUACUCGAUACCUCUGGGCGGAUCCCUCCACAAGCAAUCGUACUCCAUCGGCGGAUCUGGUUCAACCUAUAUCUACGGCUACUGCGAUGCAAACUGGAAGGAGAAUAUGACUGAGGAUGAAGGCGUCCAGUUUGUUCGGUCAGCUCUGCAGGAGGCGAUCAAGUGGGAUGGUAGCUCUGGCGGUGUGAUCCGGAUGGUGGUUUUGACGGCCAAGGGCGCUCAGCGACAUCUCUACCUGCCGGACACGGGUUACACUGGCCCAGGUGUUACCAACUAA